AUGACUUCCAAACUAAGCCCAGAAGAAGUCCGGUCCCUCUACAAAACAACGACCCUCAAUGGCAAAACAUACUCCUACAUUCUCUCUGAGCCAAAAGGCACACCCAUAGACACCAUCUUCCUCAUCCACGGCUUCCCAGACAUCUCCUAUGGGUGGCGGUACCAAAUCCCCUUCCUCACCUCCCUCGGUCUCCGAGUCGUCGCCCCAGACAUGAUGGGCUACGGAGGAACCGCCGCCCCCGCAGAGCCGGAAUUUUACACCUUUAAACGAGCCGCGGACGACAUCGCCGCAUUAGCGAAAGAAAUCGGCGUCCACCACAUCAUCCUCGGUGGCCAUGACUGGGGCGGAGCAGUCGUGUACCGUGUUGCCAUGUAUUAUCCUGAGUUGAUCUCUGCGGUUUUCUCGGUUUGUACGCCGUUUUUGCCCCCGCAGCCGGAGUAUAAACCUCUGAGUAGACUGCCGAAUUUUAAGUAUCAGAUUCAGUUUUCUCGCCCGGAGUUGGAGGCGAAGAUUGUGGGUGCGGAGAAGAUUCGGCAGUUUUUGAGUGGGCUUUAUGGGGGGAGGACGCCGGAGGGGGAGGUUCUUAUGGGGGUUGAGAGGGGGUUUUAUCUUGAAAAGAUGGAGAAAGUGGGGGAGAGUCCGCUUUUGACGAAGGGGGAGAUGGAUUUUUAUGUUGAGAGGUUUUUGAAUAAUGGGAUGCAUGGUCCUACGAAUGUAAGUUUUUGGGUGUUACAUUUUCUAAUUCGUCUUCUUAUCCAGUUUUCCUUUUUGUCCAAUUUUCCCGUCUCAUUUUCUUGCACUAUUUUCUCCUAUAUUGUCAUCCGAUUCUAUACUCAUCUAACAAAACCUCCAGUGGUACCGCACAGGCGAAAUCAACUUCAAAGAAGACCAAGCAUUGAACUUCGACCCCGAAACUUUCAAGUUCAAGAUGCCCUUCUUGUUCAUUGGUGGAACCAGGGAUGUGGCUUUGCCGCCUGCUAUGGCACUCGGAAUGGAGAAGCACUUUCGAAGUUUGACGAAGGGCGAGGUUAAUACUUCGCAUUGGGCUUUGUGGGAGAAGCCUGACGAGGUUAAUGCUUAUAUUAAGGAGUUCUUGUUUGGGGCUGGAGGCGGGAAGAAAGCUAGUCUCUGAGCCUGAUGUUUGUUGUGAGAGUGAUGAAUUGAAAAGGUUUAAAAGUGCCACAA